CCCGCCAGCCCCCGCACCGGCGGCGGCGGCAGCGGCGGCGCCCAGCGCGCCCGCCCGGGGCCAUGAGCGCCGCGCCGGGGCGGCGGCAGGGCCGCGCCGGGCCGCGCCGGGCAUGAGCGCGGCGGCCGCGGGGGGCGGCGGUGCUGGCGGCGGCCCCGGCCCCGGCCCCGGCCCCGGCCCCGGGCGCGGGCGGCGGCGCGGCGGGAGCCCGGCGCGGCGCAGGGGGGGCUCGCGGCGGCGCCGCGCCCUGCGCUCGCUCGGCAGCCUGGCGGGGCGGCUGCUGCGCACCUGGGCGCGCCUGGCCAGCGCCCGCCGCGCCCGCCGCGCCGCCGCCGAGGACGACGAGGGCGGCUUCGGGCGCGCCGAGCCCCCCGCGGCGCCCGGCAGCCCGCGGCGGCGGCAGGCGGCGGCGGCGGCAGCGCGGGGCCGCGGCGAGCUGGAGCCGGGGCCGCGGCGGGGCGCGGCGGAGGCGGCGGCCGGGGCCGGGGCUGGGACCGGGACCGGGACCGGGGCCGGGCGGCCGCCGGGCGCGCAGGGGCUGCGCAACCACGGCAACACGUGCUUCAUGAACGCCGUGGUGCAGUGCCUGAGCAACACGGCGCCGCUCGCCGAGCUCCUGGCGCUGGGCCGCUACCGCGCCCGCGGCGCCCGCGCCGAGGUCACCCACCGCCUCGCCGCCCUCGUCCGCGCCCUCUGGACCCUCGACUACACCCCGCAGCUCUCCGCCGAGUUCAAGAGCAUCGUCUCCGAGCACGGCGCCCAGUUCCGGGGCAACGCGCAGCACGACGCCCUCGAGUUCCUGCUCUGGCUGCUGGACCGUCUGCACGAGGACCUGGGCUCCGGCUCGCCCGCGCCCCAGCCCCGCCGCCACGACAAGCCCGGCCCAGACGAGAGCGGCGACGCCGGCAGCGCCCCGCCGGCCGCCCGGCCGCCCCGCGGCCCCAGCUUCGUGCAGAGCCACUUCCAGGCACAGUACAGGUCCUCGCUGACGUGCCCGCACUGCCGCAAGCAGAGCAACACCUUCGACCCCUUCCUGUGCGUCUCGCUGCCGAUCCCCCCGCGGCAGACCAGGCCGCUGAACGUCACCUUGGUCUUCCAGUGCAAGAGCCAGCGGUUCGUGCGGGUGGGCCUGGCCGUGCCGCUCCUCAGCACCGUGGCCCGGCUGCGGGAGAUGGUGGCGGCGGAGGGCAGGAUCCCCCCGGAGCAGGUGAUCCUGGCGGAGGUGUGCCCCGCCGGCUUCCGGCGCUCCUUCUCCGACGAGGAGCAGCUCAGCGCCAUCGCCGAGGGCGCCAGCGUCUACGCCUUCCAGCCGCCCCUGCCCCUCGGCCGCGGCGGCUCCCUCCGCCUCGCAGGGUGCCCGCUGAGCCUGCCGUCCUCGCCCAACGCCGCCGAGCCCGAGGGGCAGCGCUUGCCGCCGGCGGCCCUCUCCUCCGAGUGCCUGCACCGCGGCGCCGGCGGCCGCGUCCUGCUGCUCCUCUGCAACACGGCCGGCGCCGGCCCGCAGGCCACCAGGUUUGGACCACCGCUGGUGAUGCGAGAGGACCGAGGCAUCUCCUGGGAGCAGCUCCAGCAGUGCAUCCUGGCCAAAAUGCGCUACCUGAUGAGGAGCGAGGUCCAGCCACAGGGCGCCGGAGCCCUCUUCCGCAUCCGCGUGGCCGGCGGCUCCGUGGCCUGCAGCUACCUCUCGCCGCAGGACGCCCGGCCCCUCUGCCACCCGGCCGUGGACAGGGCACUGCAGCUGGGCGGCCCCGGCGGCCCUCCCCACGUGAAGCUGACGGUGGAGUGGGACGCCGGCACCAAAGAGCGCCUCUUCGGCAGCAUCCAGGAGGAGGUGGUGCAGGACGCGGAGAGCGUGAGGCUGCAGCAGCAGGCGCAUCAGCAGCAGCACAGCUGCACGCUGGACGAAUGCUUCCAGCUCUACACCAAGGAGGAGCAGCUGGCCCCGGACGACGCGUGGCGCUGCCCCCACUGCAAAGUGCUGCAGCAGGGCAUGGUGAAGCUGAGCCUCUGGACGUUGCCCGACAUCCUCAUCAUCCACCUCAAGCGCUUCCGCCAGGUGGCUGAGCACAGGCACAAACUCACCACGCUGGUGCAAUUCCCCCUGCGGGGGCUCGACAUGGCCCCCCACGUGGCCCAAAGGGGCCAGGCGCCCAGCAAGCAAGCGCCGGGCCACUGGGCGCCCUGGAAGGCCCCGCUGUGCCUGCCCGAGAGCUGCCAGCUCGACUACCUCUACGACCUGUACGCUGUCUGCAACCACCACGGCAGCAUGCAGGGCGGCCACUACACGGCCUAUUGCUGCAACUCGCUGGACGGGCGGUGGUACAGCUACGACGACAGCACGGUGGAGGGGGUGCAGGAGGACGAGGUGAGCACCCGCAGCGCCUACAUCCUCUUCUACCAGCGCAGGAACGCCAUCCCCGCCUGGUCGGCCAGCAGCUCCGUGAGAGGCUCCACCAGCUCGUCCCUGUCCGAUCACUGGGUGUCACGGCUCGGCGGCCAGCGGGAGAGCGGGGCGUCGCGGGGCUCUGCCGCCUGCCCCUCGCUGCCCGGCGCCCCCGACUCGCCUGGCUUCCCCGACGCCGCCGGCAGCCUGAAGAAAGGAGGCUUCGAGGCGAGGCCCCCCGUGCGGGGCCUCCAGCGCCGCAGCGUCAGCAUGAAGCUGUCGCCCGCCAAGGCCGAGGCGGGUGCUGCCGCCAGGCCACCGCCGCGCUGGUCCUUCGCCUCGCGGGAGCGGGGCGCCUCCGGCGAGCUGGUCGCCUACCUGGAGUCGGGGCGCCGGCCCCGCUUCACCCACGCCGCCAUCCUGCCCCAGGCCCCGGGGGACGGAGCCGGCGCCCUGGGGACACCCGAGGGGACAGAGCUGCUGCAUGGAGGCCUGCGGCCGCCCCCCAGCACCCCCACAGCGGCAGGGCUGCCGGGCCGCGCUGGGGAGCCCGCCCGCGGGACGCCGCCGGGGGGUUCAGAGGCCACGGGGCCAGGCGGGCGGCCGGGCCGCCAGGGCCCUGUGGCGCUGCCCCAUGGCCGCCCCCAGCUGCAGGCCGAGCGGCUGUCGCCGUGCUCUGGUGGUGCCACCGCCGCCGCGCGGGCCGAGCGCAGCCUGCGGCGCUCGGCGUCGCUGGGCCCGGGCGGUGAGGGGCCCCCGGCCCGGCGACCCCCCGGCGGCCCCCCGCCGCGGCCCCGCUACCACAGCGCCUCGCUGGGCAGGAGGAAAGCGGUGCCUGAAUCCAGCUUCUGAGGCGGCAUGGCGCCCGGCGGCAUGGCCCGUGGCCUCUGGGUGCCAUGAUGGUGGCUGGGUGCUGUGAUGGCCGCUAGGUGCCACCAUGGCCCCGGGUGCUGUGAUGGCACCUGGGCACCAUGACCACUGCACCCCACGUUGGGCCCUGGGCCCUGCCAUGGCUGCUGGGUGCCACGUGGCCACUGGGCACCAUGACCACUGGGUGCUACCAUGGCCCCUGGUUGCCGCCAUGGCUGCUGGGUGCUACGCUAGCUACUGGGUGCCAUGACCACUGGGUGCCCUGAUGUCCCCUGGCUGCUGCCAUGGUCCCUGGUUGCCACCUGUCCACUGGGUGCUCUGACCAGUGGGUGCUGUGAUGGCCCCUGGGUGCUGCCAUGGCUGCUGUGUGCCACCUGGCCACAGGGUGCCAUGACCACUGGGUGCCAUAGUGUGGCCCCUGGGUGCCACCAUGGCUGCCACCUAGCCACUGGGUGCCAUGACCAGUGGGUGCUGUGAUGAUCAGUGGGUGCUGUGAUGGCCCCUGGGUGCUACCAUGGUCCCUAGGUGCUGCUAUGGCUGCAGGGUGCCACCUCACCACUGGGUGCCAUGAGCACUGGGUGCCACAGUGGCCCCUGGGUGCUGCCAUGGCCCCUGGGUGCCACCAGGCCCCGCGGACACACAGACCGGUGCUCCUUUUUCAAUCCAUGCCUUAAUAGGGACCGAGCACAAUGCGGGUGGGGGCUCGUAGGGUCCAAGGGGAGAGAGGGAUGUCUGGAGGGAGAGUAUUUAUUAUAUAAGGAGAGAGUUUUAUCCAGAGACGCUUUUUGUUUUCUAAAAGGCGGCUAUUUUGGUACGGCGGGGCUGCGGGAGGGGGAUCGUUCCCACACUAAGGUCUAUGCAAUAAGCGAUUCUUCCACCCAGCUUUUGUACGUGGGGUAUCUGCGGGCCGCAGCCCUCCACAUUUUGCAGCUCUUUCUAUUAAAGACCCGUGAAAGGCA